AAUCUGUUCUUGUCCUCUCUCCUCCACUUCAUUUAUCUUCACCGCUGAUGUUCCAGAGUUUUCCCUUUAGCUUCCAUAAAUAUAUAUCCUGAAAUAUUCAAGUUUUUGACAAAAAAAAAAAAAACAGUUUACAACUGUUCGUCGGAAAUAAUAUAUUCUGUUUCCUUGAGGAAAAAUAUCCCUUGAAGCUAGAAAACAAAACUAGUUUGAGCACCAAUUGUCAAAGACUACUACCCUAUAAUUCUAUAGUUUUUAUUUUUUCUCUAUCCCCAUUGAAGAUAGGUUUUGAAAUUAGAGGCCGUAUUGAAUCAAUUCAAAGAAUCCCCAAUACCUGUUCAUUGCUAUUGGCCAAAAAAAAAAUUCCAGUUCAUUGCUCUGUUUGGCAAGCAAACAUCUUACAAUUCCAUAUUUGAUUACCAAAUUGAGAACUUGGACUUUAAUCUUAUAAAGUUUUCAUUUUUAUAAUAUUUAAUUUUACUGUCAUCUGUUCUCAACCCAAAGUUCAAGAAAGGUUUUUCUUGUGAAUAUAUACAAGAAUGAUGUAAAUCAUUAAAAAAAAUGGUAUUUUGGAGUAAUAUUAGAAAAAAAAAAAAAGGAAUAAAAGCAAAAGUACCUUACGUGAAAAUGCAUGACCAAAGUACAAAACAAGAGUUGAACAAAGUACUUAUUUAUUACUAUAAAAACGCAUUUAUAUUCUUUUUAUUUUUGGGUUGAUUAUAUGUCUCUCUGCUCUCACUUAAAUUUUGGCCCUUUCUCUCUCUAAGGCCCCUACCUUUAACCCCAUUCUUUCUCUCUUAUUCAUCAGGAUUGUGCAGAUCAGCCUCAACCAAUCUUUUUUUGCUGUUUUUAUAGUUUUCUUCGUUGGUUGUUUUUCAUGAAGAGAAAAAGCUUAGAAUUUACGUAUGGGUUUUUUGAAGUUUUGAAAAAAGAAAGCAAUAAUAGGAUGACGUCGACUUCGGGGGCGGCUUCGGCUUCUAAGAUUUGCUUCAAUUCGGACUGUAAUCACUUGAAAUCGGAAAGACCGACGAAAGGGUGGCGGUUGCGAACGGGAGAGUUGGCUGAGCUCUGUGACCGAUGCGCUUCUGCUUUUGAGGAGAGAAGAUUUUGUGAUGUGUUUCACUUGAAUGCUUCGGGUUGGAGGAACUGUGAGUCAUGUGGGAAGCGGGUACAUUGCGGAUGCAUUGUUUCAGUUCAUGAAUUUACUCUGUUGGAUGCUGGAGGAAUAGAAUGCAUAGCAUGUGCGAGGAAAAAUGUUGUUUUGGGGUCAAAUACUUCGUGGCCACCUUCUUUGCUCUUCCACUCGUCUUUGUCUGAGAGAUUUAAAGACUAUUCUGCAAAAGGUUGGAGUCAGCUAGGUGGUUCAGGUCCUGUACCUUGGCGGCAAGCCCCCAUUUUGUUCAAUUCUUUGACUCCUCAGCCUGAGUUGCAUUCUAGAGUGCCCUAUGAAGUUGACUUAUACACUGGCAUGGACAGACUAAACGUCUCCAACAGAUUAUCUACUCCUUACCUGGAAAUGAAGAAAAUCGACGACUUUUCUGAAAGUUUAAUGAAUGGAACCCUGAAGCUUGGUGCACAUGAUAUACAUGAGAAUGGAGAUGCAGGAAUCCAUUGUGAGGAGCGGCAUAGUUCUUGUUUAACUAAAUCUCAGCAGCCUUCUCUGAAGGAGUCUAAUCCAUCAUUUGUGUUGGCUGUACCUUAUACAUCUCCAGAUGAAGCAAAUGGUCAAAUUGGGGUUUCCAGCACUCAUUUGCAACCAAACCCCCAAUCUUCACUGGUCAAGCAAUUUCCUAGUAAUCUACAUAAUAGGCUUGACUCAUCAGGUGAAACUCAGGUUCGUGAUGGGAGGCCUCGACCCGAUGGCCGUGGAAGGAAUCAAUUAUUUCCUCGUUAUUGGCCUAGGUUUACAGAGCAAGACCUGCAGCAAAUACCUGGAGAUUCAAAUUCUGUAAUCACUCCUUUGUUUGAGAAAAUGUUGAGUGCUAGUGAUACUGGGCGAAUCGGACGUCUAGUGCUGCCAAAAAAAUGUGCAGAGGCCUAUUUCCCACCAAUAUCUCAGCCAGAAGGUUUACCUCUUGAAGUCCAGGAUUCAAAAGGAAAGGAAUGGAUAUUUCAGUUCCGCUUCUGGCCGAACAAUAAUAGCAGAAUGUACGUUUUAGAGGGGGUUACUCCUUGCAUACAGAAUAUGCAAUUGCAAGCGGGUGAUGUAGUAACAUUUAGUCGGUUAGAGCCUGGAGGGAAGUUGGUCAUGGGUUUCAGAAAGGCUUCAACUGCUUCAGCAUCUGAGCAGGACAAUGAAGCCAAAAAUAGUAGUGGAGUUUCUACACAUGGAGAUGCUAAAGUGGCAGAUCCUUCCUCAUGGUCAAAAGUGGAUAAGUCAGGAUGCAUAGCAAAGGAAGCAUUAGGAACCAAACUAGCAGUUUCCAGAAAGAGGAAGGAUGGCACGCUUGGUUCAAAGGGCAAGCACCUAAGAAUUGAUAAUGAAGACCUCAUUGUGCUGAAACUAACAUGGGAAGAAGCUCAAGGGCUACUCUGUCCCCCUCCUAAUCAUGUAGCCGGUGUUGUAGUGAUUGAAGGUUUUGAGUUUGAAGAAUAUGAGGAUGCACCAGUUCUUGGGAAGCCAACAUUAUUAGCAACUGAUAAUUUGGGGGAAAAUAUUCAGUGGGCUCAAUGCGAAGAUUGUUUUAAGUGGCGUAGAUUGCCUUCCAAUGUUCUUCUUCCUUCCAAGUGGACAUGUUCCAGUAACUCAUGGGAUCCAGAAAAAUCUUUUUGUUCAGCCAGUCAAGAAUUGACAACAGAACAGCUGGAAAAUCUGCUGCCACACUGUAAUCCAGCUGCUUUUAACAAAAUGAAGGCGCCUAAACAGGGACCAGAAAAUGUAGAUGCUUUAGCGGGGUUGGAUGCUCUUGCCAACCUAGCUAUCUUGGGAGAGGGUAAGGCUCUCCCUGCUUCAUCUCAGGCCACAACAAAGCACCCCCGGCAUAGACCUGGUUGCUCAUGUAUUGUAUGCAUUCAGCCCCCAAGUGGGAAGGGCCCCAAACACAAGGAGACAUGUACUUGUAAUGUCUGCCAAUCAGUGAAGAGACGCUUCCGCACCCUCAUGCUGCAGCGUGAGAAGAAACAGUCACAAAAAGAAGAAGAAACCACGCGCAAGAAGCAGCAACUUUCAUUGCAUGAUAAAGUAUUGGAUGAUGACCCUCUCCCCUGUACUAAUGCAGGAUAUGGCAGUCCAAACCCAAAAAAAGUUACCACUGAGGGUUCAGAUGAUGAUCCUAACAGAGUAAAAUCCUCAACUUCAACUUUUAAAGGUCAAAUUGACUUGAAUAUCCAGCCAGAGCGAGAAGAGGAGCUAUCACCUGGUUCAGAUUCUGGCAUUACGAUGAGAUUGCUUCAAGAUGCCACUGAGAGGUACCUUAGGCAGCAAUGUAUAUUGAGCUCUAGCGGCAAUAGUAAUUCAGAAGUUACUCAGACACAACCUCGUGGAGGCACAGAAGGAGAAAAGAUCACCACCAGUGUCAACCUUGGAGCCAGUAAUCAACAUGCUGACAGGGACCAUCCUGCAGUUUUCUCUAUUAAAACAUCUGCACCCACAUCAGCCACUAGGUAGAUCAACGUACCAUAUGUUACAUUGACCAUUAACAAAUAAUCACUAUCUUGUUGAGGGCGGUACAGUUUUGGUUACACGUAUAUCCACAUCGGCAUUGUUCUUCACGGCUAUCCAGUUUGGGUGAUUGGUUUUUUUACUGUCAUCCUCUCGACACUAAUGUGAGAGGAUGCCCAACCACUGAAAAAAAAAUGGGGAGGGGGUUUAAUGAUGCAAAUAUAACCCAUUGGGGUAGAGGUUGAAGCUAUGUUAGUUCAUGUUAGGAGCUCACCUGCUACACUUGGAGAAGAAUCGAGGAUGUAAAUUAAGUGCCUGCUUUUCCAGUCAGUAAAAGAGAAAUUGCAUUCUGUUGAUUUUAUAUUGUUUUAUUGCCUUGCGUGUGAUAUUUCAUCUAGUCAGAUCGAAGAGCGUGCACAAGGGUAAUGGAGUAUAAUCUUCAAACCUGUCCUAGACUGACUGGUAAACUGAAAAUCAUGUGAUUUUUUCAUCAAAAAGAAAAAUUGUGAUUUUCGUUUUCAAAAAGAAUUCUAUACACUGGAGCCAUUGUUUAAGUAGGUUGUGCAGAGAAAUGAAAGAAAAAAAUCCAUCGUAUCAACUAGUUUCUGACAUGUUUUAAGGGGUUUGAACUAUGCCAAGUGACAAGACAUAAGCUGCUACUUUGCUGGGGUCAAAUUUAAGGAUUCCAAAUCAGCAUUAAGAGGAUUAGAUUCAAGGUCUAAACCUGGAUGGAUUAAAAAUUGGCGACUUGGAGAUGGAAUAGAUAGAAAUGGACGUGAUGAAUAGAUUGAACACGGGCAUUUUGCUGCUUAAGAGGAUUGUGAUGGAUUCAUGGAUAAAAAAGGAUGACCAGGUCAACCAAGCUAUCUUGGUAUCCACUGAAAAGAGAAGUGCCAUGGAUUGUUCUCAAACUAAUUGAAUGGUCUGCCUUUUUUUAGAUUAGCUAUUCUCAAAUAACCUUGUGCCUCUAAUACCUUCUUUCUUGCCAAAAAUAAGAGAAAUUAGCCUGUUCCUGGAUUGAUGACAGUUUUCCUUUUGUCACCUCCUCCCUCGCUUGCCGAUUGCAGUUGAUGAAGAGAAAGACAAAGCCCCAUGUUUCCCUGAAAUUCCAAAUGCAGUAAGAAAGACAUUACAGAUUAAUAUUAGACUAGUUCAAACACAGCUUCAUCAAUCCUUCGGGGUAAACUUCAUAAAUAUUUACCCAAAAAAAUAAGUAG